AAUUGGAGUUAUAGUUGUUUCAUAUAUAAUUUAUAAUUUAAAUUAUAUUGCUUUUACAGGGUCGAUAAAUCAGGGAAAGGUAAUUUCUACCUUAUCAGAAACUGUCGGGAAUUUUAAAAACCGGUUCUUUAGGGGUUGUUAGUAAAGUAGAAAUUUUCUACGAAAUUUUCUUUCGAUAAAAUAACAAAUAAAAUUAAAAAUUAGGACUCCAUUUAACUGAAAUAAGUAAAGUCAUAUUCAGAGGAUAACCGUAAGACUGGUUUAUUCAUUUGACGCAUAAAAUCAGCGUCACGUGCCACCAUGGGGAUUCACCCUUUUAGAUAUUUUUUAGAUAUUGCGAUCUAAUAAAAUAAAUGUUAACAAAAAAGUCACCAGAUUUGAUAGAUCGUACGAAAAUUGAUUUAUUUAAGUAAUUUUAUUAAAUGGACAAGUGUACAUAUUAACCAUAUAUAGAAAAAUUUCAUUUUUUUCGAUUGAUAUAAUAUUAUGUUUGCGAUGCAAAGUAAUCAUCGUGAUAAACGAUGUGCAAGGAAAUUGAAUUAAAGUGAUUUUUAAAAGUGGACACUUGGGCUAUGGUAAACAUAAACACAGGUAGAGACUAAAUAUUAUUUUAUUGAUGCGCGCGUGCAUAUUCACGUAAAGAAUAUGAAAAUUGUUCGGGAAGCUUUCAAACACUCGAUAUCCGUGCAGGGAGAUAGUUCGAUCCCUAUUUUUAAUCCUUACUAAUAACAAAAUUAAAAUAUUAUUAAAAGUUCAUCGAGGAGAAAAAUAUAAACAAAUGGAUAUCCCAAAGAUUCAUCGAAUAAACGUGUACGUACAAAAUAUUAUUUUGAAACAUUUGAAAAUACUAUAAUUUAUGUUCAAUUAUUUCCUAUAUAAUAUUAUCGUAGAAUGGCGAAAGAAACGUUGGAAAGAUUUUUGACCGAACAAAGGGACAUUUGCGAGAGAUUCUUUCAAAAUGGUAGUCAAAGCGAUGAAGAAAUCGGGAUGAAAAUUGGUUCGGAAAUUUCUCAAUGUCCUUCGACCUUCGAUGAAUUAUUAUGCUGGCCUCGUACAGUUGCUUCUAAAAAAACUAUACUACCUUGUCCACCGAGAUUGAUUUUAGGAACAACUUACGAUUUAUUUUCCUCAUUUACACAACCCAUCAAAGAAUCUAUUACGGAAAAGUUUAAUAACGAAUCGAAUAUUUUGAAAAAAUGGAACAGUAGUUCUUCGUUGGCAAAUAAAUUUUGUUUGGCCGAUGGUCAAGGAUAUAAAAAUGAUCAAAAUAUUGCUUGGAGUAAUUAUACUUUGUGCAUAAGCACGAAUAAUUUAGGUACAUCGUAUCUUUGGAAAUAUGAAAAAUUGGAGAAUAGUUCUUUACUGGGUAAAUGGUUACCGAUAAUUAAAACCGUAUCACAAAUCGGAUAUGCAUCGUCUUUCGCAACAUUGUUAGUUGCUAUGACAAUUUUUACUAUACUAAGAAGGCUUAGAAAUCCGAGAAACAGAUUACACAUGCAUUUAUUCACAUCGUUCAUCAUGAGAGCGUUUAUGGCACUUUUUAAGGAAUGGGUAUUUGUCGAUGGUAUAGGAUUGGCAUGGGAUGUUAUUUUGGUUGACGGUGAUCGUAUUUUUAUCAAAGAACGAAACAUGUUGGCAUGUAAAAUUAUAACAAGUAUUUGGCAGUAUUUUAUAGUAGCCAAUUAUUCUUGGAUACUGAUGGAAGGACUUUAUCUUCAUAAUUUAAUAUUUAUGGCACUUUGUGUCGAUAACACUGCGAUUACUUCUUACAUUCUUUUAGGAUGGGGAUUACCAGGUUUGGUAGUAAUACCAUGGAUAAUAAUUCGUGCAACAGUCGAGGAUACACUUUGUUGGACAACUCAUCACAAUCCUUCGUUCUUUCUUAUCGUCAGAAUACCAAUAGUUAUAUCGAUCUUAUUCAAUUUUGUACUAUUCCUUAAUAUCGUUCGAGUACUUUUUGUUAAAUUGAAAACGUCGGUUCAUUUGCAACAUAAAAAAAUGCAGUAUAGAAGAUGGGCCAAAUCUACGUUGAUAUUGGUGCCGUUAUUUGGUGCUCAUUAUACAUUAUUUUUGGGACUUUCUUAUCAAAAGGAUAAUCGUAUCGAAUUGGUUUGGUUAUUUUGUGAUCAACUUUUCGCAUCAUUUCAGGGUGCUUUCGUAGCUUUGCUUUAUUGUUUGUUGAACGGUGAAGUGAGAGCAGAAAUUAGACGUGCAUGGAAAGUACGACGCUCGAAAAAGGAUUCGUUGACGCCGAUUAAUCGUGAUUUUUUUAAAAUAUCCGAAAAUCGAACUGGAUUAAUAUUACGUCGACAUGAUUGCAACGAAUUGAAUUUUUCCGACAGUAGGACUAAACAUUUAUCAACUGUAUUUCGAUCGAUCGAUGAUGGAAAGAGGUGCGUUGUUACCGAUCACGGAUUGUUGCAAGCAAAAUAUUCAAGUACACCGAAGUACGUGUCGAGUAACAAUUUGUUGAAAAAACUUUCGAUCGGAGACAGAGAAAAUUCUAUGGCGAAUGGUGGCCAUGGUGUCGUUGUCAAUGGUGUGGGCGGUGGUGGUGGUGGUGGUGUUGGUGGUGGUGGUGGUGGUGGUCCAGGUUCGGGAACCCUUUCACGGGAAGAAAGGCGCCGGCGUCGAAGGGCCACGCAGAAAUAUCGAACGGCACACGCUACGAGAGAAAGGGUCAGAGUCGAAGCAUUCAAUCUGGCAUUCGCCGAAUUACGGAAAUUACUACCAACAUUACCGCCGGACAAAAAACUCUCCAAAAUAGAAAUUCUACGACUUGCCAUCUGUUACAUCGCAUAUCUCAAUCAUGUUCUCGAAGCGUAA